AUGACGUCUAACAUAUUAGAAACAACAAUUACAUCAGAUUGCAAAAGUGAUAUAUCCAUUGAGUCAAAAAGAAAAUCCUCAUUAGUUUCACCUUCUAGUUCUUUUACAGAUGAUAUGGAAAUUUUAAACAAUAAGGAUAUUACUCCUUUAUCCAGUAGCGGAAACAAUCAUCAAUUAUUACAGGAAAAAAAUGAACCACCAAAGGUAAACAAGAAAAAUAAUAUUCCUACAAAGGAAGUAGAAGUAUCUCCAACUUCUCAGCUACAACCUAGACACGAAAAACAAAUAAGUGCCACAUUAUUGAAACUAAUCAAGGAUGCCAAUAGAUAUGACCCUAAUUGUGAAUACAGCUUACCCACAGGGUUUUUAAGGCCACGAAAACCUAAGAAACUUGGUAUAUACGACGAAGUAUUAAAAGAAGAGCAGGAAUUGAAAAAUCAAAAAAUAUUCAAGAAAAAGCAAGAAAAAAAAGAAUCCAUACAAAGGUCUAAAGAAAAGAGGAAACAAUCCAUGGAAAAGACCAAAGAAAAGAAAAGAAAAGAACGGAAACAAAGAACCAGUAAAAAUAUGAUUACUAAAAAAAGUUCACUAUCACGAGAUAUAAUCAUUGAAGGUAAUGGGGAAAUUUUUGAACAUAAAAUGGUAGAAUCCACCAAUCAAGAGGUUGAUGAUAGAAAAUUGUUAAAAGAAAUUUUAUACUAUCCAGAAGAUAAAAAUAAGUCACAAAAUAAUGACAUUCAACAAGAAACAAAGAUUAAUAAAAAGGAAAAUGAUACAGAAAAAGGGGAGGGGCGCACUUAUUAUUUUAUAUAUAUAGACAAUAAAACUAUAAAAAAAUAUUCCAACUUCUUCAUCAAAGAUUUGCCAAAAGACUCCCCAUCAGACUUAAUCCAAUCCAAUCAAAUAUCACAAUUAAACGCUUCAACAACUGUGGAAUUCCAUCCAUCUGUUAUAUAUCCAAAUUAUAAAGAAACUUUUGAAAUUGAUUUUACCAAUCCUAAAAAAUUACUUGUUUACAAUCCAAUGCUGGAAAUUGGCAGAACAAUUGAAUACAAUAGUUUAAUAUAUCUCCCUGCUUUAUAUACCGACUAUGUUGACCAAGAAAUUUUGCCCAAUUUAUUUGAAGCUUAUAAAAAUGAAAACGUGGAAAGUUUCCAAAAUGCGGUUUUAAAAUAUAACAAUUACAUCUUAAAAAUACCCAAAGAUGCCAUUACGAAACAUUUGUCAAAUUUGGAAGCCUUGCCAGUAUCUUUUAUCCAUUUUAUAUUAACAUCGGUAUAUGUUAGAACGGUUUUACCAGAUGCGAAAAAAUUAAAAAAAUACGUUGCUUUUAGUAACUUCGUGUAUGGUGAACUAUUGCCAAGUUUCUUGACGACUUGUUAUCAACAGUGCGAUUUGAAUGAUGAGAAAAUUUUUGUUGAUUUAGGCAGUGGUGUCGGGAACUGUGUUAUUCAGGCAGCUUUGGAAUAUGGUUGUAAAUUAAGUUUUGGUUGUGAAAUAAUGGAAAAUGCAAGCGAUUUAACUGAAUCACAAACUCGGGAAUUAGAAAAAAGAUGCAAAUUACUAGGGAUAAAUUUGGGGAAAACGUUGUUUGAACUAAGAACUAGUUUUGUGGAUAAUGAAAAAGUUAUUGAGAUAUUAAAAAAGUGUGAUGUCUUGCUAAUUAACAAUUUUAUAUUUGAUGCUAAAAUGAAUGGUUAUAUUGAGAAUUUGAUACAAAACGUUAAAGUUGGAUGUAAAAUUAUCACUUUAAAAACUUUAAGGCCGUAUGGAUUUAUAGCUGAUUCGAAUAAUAUAGAUAAUAUUUUAUGUCGCCUAAAAGUUGACAAGUUUUCAUUGCCCGAAGAUAGUGUAUCGUGGACAUAUACUGGUGGUGGGGAGUACUACAUAUCCACUGUAACUGAUUUUAUUGAUGAAAGUUUAUUGACUGUACAUGCCAGAGUUCGUAAUAUAAGGAAACCCAAUUAUUCAUAUGAAUUGUUUCCAUUGCAAGAAGAUGAAAAUGAGCAUUCAAUUGGUGGGAAAAAGAGUAGAGGUAAAAAAAAUAAGGUGAGUAAGACCAAAAAGUUAAAAAAUGACAAACCGAAAAAACAAAAAUUGAACAAAUAA